AUGGACUUACUGGAGAAAGCUCAAUCAGCUUAUGUUCUGAUCUCACUAUCGUCGAUCCCAUUAAUGGUUCUCGCGAUCGUACCCCACCUAUUCCCAUAUCAUCUCUCAGGUAUAUCUCCAACCUCUCGACUCACUCCUCCCACAAUCUCUCUGGCGAUAUGGACGAUCGCAACAUGCAGUAGCACGAUACUAGAUCGAUACGUACUCAAGAAAGGGCAAGCCCAAGAUUUGUUCUGCAGUGUAGAUGCAAUACUUAUAGCUGCCUUGACGACUGGUAUGGUCACUCAUAUACCCGCUAUCGCUUUGUAUCGAUAUCGCUCUCUUCCUACUCCGUCUAUACCAAAUCCCGUCCCACCUACCAAGCUCCGAAAUAUCCUUUGUCUGACCAUCAUUUACGCCUACUCCUUAUUGCCUUGUGUACCAACUCUCUCAAAAUCCAUCUCCAGAGGAUUUAGCUCGUCGGAAGGUUUGGCGAAAUGGUGGGGCUUCUAUUGUAUAGCCAGUGGAGAUUGGUUCAGAACAGUCCGUCCUCUCACCCUCCUAGCGCCUCUUGUUUUAACUGUACCAAUCACGUUGUUGAUCUUUUCCGUCCUCUAUUCUACCUCAGGCCAUCCUUCUCCUCAUAUACACCCAACAGCCAAACACUGGGCACAGGCGAGUAUGCUCUUGCUCAUUUCAGCAGGGAUAGGAGGGUUCGUGGUGAUUGAACAGAUCGUAGGAUGGAAUGAUACCUGGUUGUUCAGGGGGAUUGAAGCCCUUAGUGGACCCAUCCUAGCUUUAACAUUACUAUUCAACCUUCAUACUUGGCAUGCAUACUCAUGUUGGAUCCGAUUCCGUCGUCCUCCCACGACAUCUACAGAUAAUCUCCAAUCAAACGCACCGUUAUUAUCCGACUUGCAAAAGAAACGAAGUUCGUCAUUCUACGUCGAUAAAUUAGAGAUUAUACCUGGUUCGGGACCUGGUUUAGUGACGAAACGAAGUGUUAGGUUCCCACCUACACCUCAACAAGCUGAAUACAUCCCUAAUAGACAGAUGUCAACAAAGGGUAAAAAGGGCAAAAUUGAGAGUCUGUUGCCGCCUCCUGCGAAGAGGAAAUCGAUUACGGGCACGGGAUUUCUGAAAUCUGCUCUGACCAACCAUACUCUUACUCUCAAUACAGAAAGAGAAAGAGAAAGAGAGAAGAUGGAUCUGGGCAUGGAUUUGGAAAGAGGAUUACAUCCCCAUCCACACUCAAUGAACGAAAAUCAUUCACCACCUAUACAACUUUCUCCUGAAAUCGUUGUGAGGGAUGUACCGGAAGUGAUCAUCCAGGAACCUACACCUAUACAUUUCAACCGACCCAAUAGAUAUUCAUCGAAUACAAAUGCCUCGUCUCCAUUCCAAUAUCAGGAUUUGGUUACGUAUUAUUCAACUGCUCCUUCCGAUAUUGAACGAGGGGAAAGGGCAAGUAGCGUUUUUCCAUAUUUUGAUUCGGUUUAUACGUCUACUACGUUACCUUACAAUUCCAGAGGAUCAUCUACUUUAGACAAGCUGAGGAGAGAGGGUAGUACCAGUACCAAAGGUAGUUACAACUCAAAAACUGGAUUGGGUGAAAUGAUCGGAGGGAUUGGUAAACCACCGUUACCAACCAUUCGGGCAAUGACGAUAUCCAAUAUAAGCCAUGUUGAUGAAGAUGAUUCAGUAUAUUCUCAACUCCCAGCAUCAAUAGCUAUACCGGGGCCUAGACCAACUAUCGCAAGACACAGUACUAGUCCAACCCUAGACAAUCCUCCCAGCGAGACUUCCUCAAUAUACUCACAACCUUCCAUAUCAGAUUCGUACCGCGUUGUCCCUAGACCUGUGCACAGUAGGAAUACAUCUAAUUACAGUAUACCAACUAAGAGAGCGUUGAUUUCCACUGCCGAGAGAAGAGAAGAUGAUGAGGAGGAAAUGAUCAAAUUCGGUUAA